CGGGUCUCCUUGUUCACCAUCGUCUUUUCAGUUCCAAUGUUUUAAUGAUAACUUCUUCGGAGCCCUUUAAUUAAGUCUUUUUUUCCCCCCUAGUAAUGCAUUAUAGCGCUUUCUUGGGUAACCUACUUGCAGAUUUGCAUUAACCGAUACAAGUAAAAUCAAUGCCAACAUGCAUAACGUAUUGCGAGCCUGAAAGGUUUAAAACUUUUGGGCGAUUCGCGUUGUUUAUUCGCUUAGUUAAGCUGACAAGUUAGUUACUUGUUUUCCUAAGUUAAGAUCAGUGGUGACCGAAAUACACGCCGAGGAUAUGAAAAGAUCAUCCGUGAGGCACGCGCGCAGCGCCGACCCUUCUGCACCGACGCGUCGGAGCGCGUGUGUCGAGUCGCCCGGGCGUCGAGGCAGAGUCCGGUGCACCGGCAGGACGGCUCCGAGCGACCCCUGCUCGACAUCUGCAGACGUGUCCGAGACCACCGAGUUUAACACGGAGCAUGAGCGGCUUUGGGGCGCGCCGCCGCAGACACCGACAGGCAGACUCAGCACUGAAUUCUGUCGACUAUGUCACGGAAGAUUUUCAACUCGGAGACUUCGACAAGCCUUUGGAAACUUGCCCGAGGACUCGGUGGGAGACUGUGAACGAACGUGCAGGUCGCAUGACCAGUCGACCGUCCGUUUCUGUUCGGACUUCCAGCGCCUUUUGGGCGUGCCCGUGCACCGGGACCCGACCCUCUCACAGUUCAUCUGCAAAAACUGCCACGCGCAGUUUUACAAGUGCCACAGUGUCCUUCAGGCCUUCCGACAGAGAGUGAACCUGACCCCGUCCUCCCGAGACAGGAACAGCUCAAAAUGCUCAUUAAAAGAAGAUUUGAACCGAUCAUCAGCCAUCACCUCAGACCCCACGUGUCUGCACAGUCUUGUGUCCUGGACGCACCAGCAUGCUGAAGGCUGCCGCUCCUGUCCUGGUCUGAAGGAGGUGCUGGAGGGUCAGUACUGGGGCACGGUGAGGGCCGUGUGGUGCUGCGUGGAUGGUCACAGUUACGUGAUGGACACUAGUGUGUGUCAGCCUAGAGCAAACGCAGAACUGGACACAAGUGUGCCUCGGUCUGGAGACAGCGAGAAGGGUGGUGAUGAACACAGAAACCACACCAACCACCAGCCAGUUCCACCGCCAGUCAGCACUACCACUGCUGAUACGAAAUUGCAGAGCUCUACCCACAGCUACUUGGACAAAUGGAGCUUAGAUGGUGUUCAGCGUGACGAUAGGGUUCCCUCUCCUGCCCUGGCACCGGCAGCAGUGCAGCCUGAGGACAGUGAGCUAUCAGACAGGAACUAUUCCAGUGAGGAGGAGGAGUCCGAGGACAGGAGGAAGAGUGGCUCAUCUGACGACAGCGCUGAUGUGUACCCUGAGAAACGGGUCGCAGCAUCUAAGCGAGGCAGCAAAGAUGUAAAGGCCCUGGAGCCCAAAGAGAGAAGAAAACCUGGGCCCAAACCAGGCUGGAAGAAGAAGAUCAAGUUGGAGAGGGAGGAGCUACCCACCAUCUACAAGUGUCCUCACCAGGGUUGUACGGCUGUGUACAGGGGACCAGACGGUAUGAAGAAACACAUAAAGGAGCACCACGAGGAGGUGAGAGAGAGGCCCUGCCCCCAUCCAGGCUGUAACAAGGUGUUCAUGAUAGACCGCUACCUCCAGAGACAUGUCAAACUCAUUCACACAGAGGUAAGGAACUACAUCUGUGAUCAGUGUGGUCAGACCUUCAAGCAGAGGAAACAUCUCUCCGUGCACCAAAUGCGGCACUCGGGAGCCAAACCACUGCAGUGCGAGGUGUGCGGGUUCCAGUGUCGUCAGAGGGCGUCGCUAAAGUAUCACAUGACAAAGCACAAGGCGGAGGCUGACCUGGAGUUUGCCUGCACACUCUGUGGGCGGCGGUUUGAGAAAGCCCACAACCUGAACGUGCACAUGUCCAUGGUGCAUCCCAUCCUCCAGGGCUGCGCCGUCUCCCUGCCCCCCGAAGCCGAGAGCCAGAACCCUGGACCGGUACAGGGCAGUGCACAGCCUCUUCCCUGACCCUACCCAACAGGCCCUGCAGU